CUUUCAGCUGCGACUAGCUGAGCGGGCUGGGACGAAAGGAGGAAAGCGCAUGAGGGUCUGGGUGUUGUGGUCGUCUGGUUCCCGCCAUCAACACAAUGACAGAUAUGAGGACAAAACAGAGACUGAGCCAUGCUCGGAAAACCUCACAAACCCUGGUCAGUUCAGGCAGCCAGACAAGUGACGCCGGACCAGACGGCUGUUUUGUUGAGGGCGCGAUACUUCGCAUCGCCAUGAAAAACUUCCUGACAUACGACUACGCUGUGGUUCGUCCUGGACCAAACCUGAAUAUGAUUGUUGGGGCUAAUGGAACAGGCAAGUCCAGCAUUGUGUGUGCCAUCUGUCUGGGCCUAGCAGGCAAGACUUCUGUCCUGAGUAGAGGAGAAAAGGUUGGCAGUUAUGUGAAACAUGGAUGCAAUAAAGGAUCUAUUGAAAUUGAACUUUUUAGGAGUGAUGGAAAUGUAGUGAUUAAUCGAGAGAUCAUCAUGGAAAACAAUCAAUCCGUGUGGACGCUGAAUGGAAAACAUUCUAACCAGAAAUCUGUUGAAGAAGCGGUCAAGGCUCUACGUAUUCAAGUCAGCAACCUUUGCCAGUUCUUGCCACAGGAAAAAGUUGGCGAAUUUGCCAAAAUGUCUAAGAUUGAGUUGCUGGAGGCAACUGAGAAGUCUGUGGGUCCACCGGAGAUGUACGAAUAUCACUGCGAGCUCAAAAACUUUCGCACAAAAGAACGAGAACUAGAGAAUGUUAUUAAGGAGAGGAACAGUUAUUUGGAGAAGUCAAAGCAGAGAAACGAGCGAAAUAAACACGAUGUAAACCGUUAUUAUGAAAAGAAGAGGCAUCUGGAUGUGAUUGAGUUGCUUGAGAAAAAGAAACCGUGGGUGGAGUAUGAAACCACCCGCAAGGAUCUUGAAGAUGUGAAGAAGGAACGAGACCAGGUUAAAAAGCAGCUCACCGCCCUGAAACAGGCCCAAGUGCCCAUGUUGACAAAGCUCCAGUCCAUUGAAGAGCAGCUGAAGCCCACUGAAACACAAAUGAAGGAAAAGAGUUCUGCAAUCAAAGACGCCUCCCUGAGUUGUAAACAGAAACAGGAUCAGUUGGAUCGAAUCCACAAAGAGAUCGAACACAUAAAACAAACAUUUAAAAUGAAGCAGACAGAAGAAGAAGAUCAGCGGAAGCGCAUCAGCAAUGCCAAAUUAACCAUAGAGGACUUGAAAGCCGAGCUCGCCAAAGUCGCCGACCAACCUGACCUCAGUCCAAGGAUAAAUGCAGUCAACACUGAGCUAAGGCAUAUCCAGGUUGAGAAGGCAAGGAUUGAAGGAGAAAAAGCCCAACUUCGUAGGGAGAAGGACAACCUAUUUGCGGAGUUGAAAAUGUUGGAAAGAAAGCUAAGUGACUUGAACAACAUGAUGAACGCCAAAGAGGAGAAGCUGCGUGGACGCCACAACGACACGUACAAGGCUCUGCAGUGGUUCAGACAGAACAGAAGUCUAUUCAGUGGAAAUGUUCAUGAGCCCAUUAUGCUUGUGAUCAACAUGAGAGAUCAUCGCUUUGCGAAGUAUGUGGAGACCCACAUCUCCUUUAAUGACUUGCGGGCAUUUGUCUUCCAGAGGAAAGAUGACAUGGAAAAAUUCAUGAUGGAGGUCCGUGACAAAUUGAACUUGAGGGUCAAUUCUAUUUUUGCUCCUCCGGAGUCGUGUUCGGGACGUCCUCCAUCACGGAAUAUUGAGUCUUUGAGGCGUUUCGGUUUCUUCACCUUUCUUAGAGAGAUGUUCGACGCCCCCGAUGAGGUGAUGAGUUACCUGUGCCAUCAGUAUAAAGUGCAUGAUGUACCUGUGGGCAAUGAGCAGACCAAAGCCAUGAUUAAAACGGUGAUUGAGGAGCCCUACCUUAAGGUGUUGUACACAACAGAUGAGAGGUACACAAUAAAGAGGUCCUUCUACUCCAAGAAGAUAAACACAAGUAACACACCAAUAUAUCCUUCCCAGUAUCUUAACAUCACUGUGGAUGCUGAAGGGAAACAGCAGGUGGAGCAGCAGAUAAAAGUCAUCCAGUCAAGAUUAAGAGACAUUGAUGAGAUUUUAAAGACGAUGCAGAAAGAAUCGUCGUCACUGGAUCGCCGUGACAACGAGCUGUUAUCCGAAAAGAAGGAACUCUUGGAAUUAAAUGGCAAAAAGAGACAACUACAGCAGAAAAUCAACACCAAACAGGACAGACUUAGGCAGAUGGAGCAAGGUGGAAUUGAUCUGAAGAAGAUUCAGGAGGAAACUAAGGAGAAAAUUGCUGCUGCCAAUUCCCGAAAGACAUCUGUAGUUGCUGGUUUAAUGGCACAAAUGAAGCUGAGAGCCAAGCUUACAAUGGAUAAGGUAUACUUGGCUUUGGAGAGUGUGGGGCUCUUCGCAGAGAAGACUAAGCUGGAGAACGAUUGUAGAGAAGGCGCCAGUGGACUUAAAGGCACUGAUCAAAAAUACAGCUGCCUGGAGGAGAGGAAGGUCCUGCUCACAGAACAAUGCAAAGGCUUGCUCAAGAGAGCAAAAUCAAUUUGUACAAUGAAGCCUGAUGAAGCGUUGCCCCAACACCUGAAAACUGCUUUCAGUAAGCUACCUGACAUGCUGGACGAGUUGGACGCCAUGUUGAAUGAAGAACGGUCCAGAGCUGAAUGCUUUACGGGGCUCAGUAAAACUGUUGUUCACGAGUACAAAAAGCGGGAACAGGAAAUUAAACAGCUUGAACAGGAGCUGAACGAGAAGAAUGUUGCCUUAACUGCUUUCAGACAAAACAUAUCAGAGGCUAAAGAACGCUGGAUCAACCCUCUGAAGCAGCUUGUGGAACAGAUUAACAGCAAAUUCAGUGAUUUCUUUUGCUCCAUGCAGUGUGCAGGAGAGGUGGAUCUCCACUUUGAGAAUGAGGAGGAAUAUGACAAAUACGGUAUCUGUAUACGAGUCAAGUUCCACAACAGUAGUAAUCUGCAUGAGCUGACAGCCUCCCAUCAGAGUGGAGGAGAGCGUAGUGUCUCCACUAUGUUGUACCUCAUGGCCCUUCAGGAACUCAACCGCUGCCCCUUCAGAGUGGUGGACGAGAUCAAUCAGGGAAUGGAUCCUGUAAAUGAGAGGAGAGUCUUUGACAUCGUCGUUCGCACCGCCUGCAAAGAGAGAACAUCCCAAUACUUCUUUAUAACACCCAAACUGCUGCAGAAUCUCAAGUACGCUGAACAGAUGACUAUCCUUUGUGUCCAUAACGGCGCCCACAUGCUUCCCCCCAACCAAUGGGACGAGGCGGCUUUUAUCAGGCGGUGCCUCCGAAGAAAAGCCAGAAACUAAUGAAUGACACUAACUUUAAUGUAUUUUUGU